AUGGUCAACAUAUUCCAACGCCUGACUCGACGCCGAGCCCAAAGCUCCAGCGGUAGCCCGCCAGAUCUAGACGCUGACACUACGGGCCCCAACUCCGCAGCAUCUCAUCCGCACGGAAUACAUCGGACAGUGAGCACGAGCUCCGGCAGACGACGCAGCUGGCGAUAUGAAGAGCCAUCUCCUCGACAUCUCAUCCUGAUCUCCGACACCGUGCAGUUUGAUACCCAUGUAGUCCACCGCUUCCAGGCGGAAGGAUUCCAGGUGAUCUAUAUCCCCUUUCUUGGCAGCGGAGAUGAAGAUAAGGAUACAAAAGUGCUGAAGAAUAUCGUGCACGAGAAAGAAGACGAACUCGAGAAUGGAGAGCGGUAUGCGAUAGUGGCAUAUCACCGACCUGCCUACCUCCUCCUGGCCUUACACCACACAAUAGCCAGCAAUACAAACCCAUUCCCACACCUAUGUGCCCUGAUAACCUACUAUCCCCUUUCCUCAACAGACCAAUUCACCUAUAGGGGAAAAGAGGACUGCUCGCCUCCAGGCUGCUCAGACACAGGUUCGAUCUUCGGCCCAGCCGCCAAGUCAACAUAUCUCCCAAUCCAAAUCCACAUCCCAGGCCCACGAGUCCAGGCCUGCGCAUUCUGGCCAUGGAUGGAACUCAGUGCCACGGAAGGCGACGUCACCUAUAAGAAAAAACAUCGCUGCUACGUGUACACGUACCCAGGGUCCAGAGCUGGAUUUGCGGAGCGGGAAGUCGCGGAAGAGAAAGAAGGCGAGGUGGAUAUGGACCUAAACGCGGAUGACGAGAUCAGCUCGCAGCUAGCGUGGAGUCGGGCGCUGUCGUGUCUGCGGCGCUCGUUCAAUGUCGGCAGUCACUGGGCUGUUCUUGAUAUCGAGACUGUCUGGGAAGAAUACUGGGACCGCGUAACUGGCGAGCUGGAGAUGCGGAAACGGAAUCAGAAUAGUAAUGGUACCGAGUCGGCGGUUGAGAUGUUGACUGGUCAUAACCAUUAUGGCUCUGAUAUCUCAAGCCUGAGAGAUUUCUUCGCUCAUGCGUAUAUCCCUGCUGGACCGGUUGAUCAGCACAUCCGCCUUUUGUCGCGCACUGUGGGUGCGGAUCGCAUCGUGGAUGAGAUGUUGUUUGCUUGUAAACAUACUGCUGAGAUCCCAUGGUUGCUGCCUGGUGUUUCGCCGACGAAUCGAGAUAUUAGUGUCAUCGUCGUUGUGGUGGCAAGCUUCACUGCCGGUCGGAUCACACGCCAAAGUCUUUAUUGGGAUCAGGCUGGUGUGCUUGUGCAGGUUGGAUUGUUGGACCCGGGACUGGUGCCUUCGUCAAAAGGCGUCAAAGGAAAGGCUAUUGAGUCUUGA